CAGGCAGGAGAUGUAGUGAUUGGGGGUCUGUUCCCUGUUCACGUGAAGGCACCGCAGCCUGAGCUGGAUUUUCGGAUUGAAAAGGUUAAUGCCUCCUGUGAAAUUUUUAACCAGCGAGCUUAUCGCUGGCUUCAGGCUAUGAUCUUUGCAGUGGAGGAAAUUAACAAUAACCCAGACCUCCUACCCAACUUCACCCUCGGCUAUCUGGCAGCUGAUACUUGCCUCGCAGAGAGCACUACUCUGUUAGCAGCCAUGGCUAUGGUAACUGGACAGGAAGUUCAUUUGGCAAACUCAGAAUGUGGAUCUGUGCCUACAGUGCCUGUUAUUGUUGGCGAUGCACGCACUUCAGCUUCCAUUGUUGUGGCAAACACUCUUGGGGUGUUUGAUGUACCCAUGGUGAGCUACUUAGCCUCCUGUAUGUGUUUGAGUGAUAAGAGGAGGUACCCGCUGUUCUUCCGCACAAUGCCCAGUGAUGCUGCACAAGCUUGGGCCAUGGCUGAACUGCUGCAACUCAUGGGUUGGACUUGGGUGGGGUUGGUGUCUGCGGAUGAUGAUUAUGGCAGAUUUGGGAUUCAAAUGUUAAUGGAAGCACUCGAGGGAACUGAAGUGUGUGUUGAUUACCAUGAAGUGAUUCCAAAGAACUACCCAAAGAUGAAAAUGCAAAGGAUUGUUGAAACCAUCCAGAAAUCAACUGCCAGAGCUGUGGUGACAUUUCUUAUAGAUCAGGAUGCCAAGGCUUUGUUUGAGGAAGUAGUCCUUCAGAACGUAACAGAUAAGCAAUGGAUUGCAAAUGAAGCUUGGAUUACAUAUAGUAUUGUCUCCACCCCUCGCAACAUCCCCUCGUUGGCUGGGACUAUAGGAUUUGCUAUGCGGAAGGCUGAUAUCCCUGGAGUGGGAGCCUUUCUUACUCGCUUAAAUCCAAGCCUGAGUUCACCUGAUUCUGACCCUUUCAUAAAGGAACUCUGGGAAGCACUGUUUGGAUGCUCUCUUAGUGCUGCCCAUGGGGGGACAAUGUGUUCAGGCUCAGAGGUCAUAGGUGUUGGGGAGAGUUUGUACACAGAUGUGUCCCAGCCAAGAAUCACUUACAAUGUCUACAAGGCUGUGUACGCUAUCGCUCAUGCAAUAAAAGAUAUGCUGGCCUGUGAACCUGGAAGAGGUCCCUUCCUGCAGGGCCGGUGUCCUGAUGUCCGGAGGCUGCAGCCUGUACAAAUAGCCCACUAUCUACGAGAAGUGAACUUCACAACACCUUUAAAGGAAUGGAUGAACUUUGAUGAGAACGGAGACCCGCCUGCCUCAUACGAUAUCAUCAACUGGCAUGUGACACCUCAGGGAACAAUAGAGUUUGUCAAUGUUGGCCAUUUUGUGUCAUCCCAAGGGUCAGAUGGCCAGUUUCACAUUGACAUGGACAGAGUGGUGUGGGGAGAAAGCAACAAACAGGUGCCUGUGUCUGUGUGUAGCAGUCCGUGUCCUCCUGGUACGAGGAAAGCUGUGCAGAGAGGGAGACCUGUGUGCUGCUUUGACUGUCUGCCCUGUGCAGAGGGAGAAAUUAGCAACCAAACAGGAUCACUGGAGUGCAUACGGUGUCCUAAUCGCUUCUGGUCCAGCUCAAACCGAACAGUGUGUGUUCGCCAGCAGGUGGAUUUCCUUUCUUACAAUGACACCAUGGGAAUUGUCCUCACAGUCAUCUCAGCUAUCGGGGCAGCACUGACAGCUGCCACAUUUGCCACCUUCCUCUACCACCGACACACGCCUUUGGUGCGAGCCAACAACUCAGAAGUGAGCUUCAUGCUCCUGCUGUCACUCAAGUUGUGCUUCUUAUGUUCACUGGCUUUCAUUGGAGAACCAGUGGCUUGGUCCUGCAAGUUGAGACACACGCUUUUUGGAAUCAGCUUUGUGCUAUGUAUCUCCUGUCUGCUGAGCCGCACCGUGGUGGUCCUGGUGGCCUUUCGUUCCACGCUGCCAGGUGAGAACCUGAUGCGUUAUGUGGGUCCUGCUCAGCAGCGGUUUGGCAUCUCCAUCUGCACCCUUUUACAGGUGUUGAUCUGUGUGCUGUGGCUGACCCUGGCUCCUCCUCAGCCUGCAGAAAGAGACAUUGUGGACCACUGGGGACCCAAGAUCAUUCUUGAAUGUGCGAUGGGCUCUGUGGUGGGCUUCUCAUUGGUUCUAGGCUACAUUGGCCUGCUGGCCUGUCUCAGCCUCCUCUUGGCCUUUCUAGCAAGGAAACUCCCUGAUAACUUUAAUGAGGCCAAACUGAUCACCUUCAGCAUGCUGAUCUUCUGUGCUGUCUGGGUGGCCUUUGUGCCCGCCUACAUUAGCUCUCCAGGGAAGUACACUGUUGCAGUGGAGAUUUUUGCCAUCCUGGCCUCAAGUUAUGGCCUUCUAUUCUGUAUCUUUGCCCCAAAGUGUUUUAUCAUACUUCUGAGGCCUGAGAAAAACACUAAAAAACAACUGAUGGCAAGAUAG